UCUUUUCAAUUUCUCUUCUCUUCUCAUCUUUGAUUUUUUGGAGUUAAAUUUUAGAGUGAAAUGAAACGAAGUUUAUAAAUUUGAUUUACAGUAAAAAGAAAGUAGUGAGUUUUACUUUAAAAAUACUGAUUUUUUUUUUUUUUAAAUUUGAAACUUAGAAGAUUAAAUUGAAUAAAAAUAAAGUGAAAUAACUUAAAUGAGUUUCAGUCAAAAUUUAAAAGUUUACAUUUGCAUUUUUUAUUAUCCCGAUUUAUCUUGUUAUUUAUCAUUUAUUUAACUACCAGUAAAAGGACGGAAGCUCCCAAAAAGACAUAUUUUUGGUAGGAAAUUCACAUAAGACUACACGUCUUGGUGGGUUUGUACAAGUCAUUUACAUGUAUUUGUAGGCCUAACUUUGGUUCGAAAAUCAAAUAGAAAAGACAUUGGAUUCGAACAUUGUGUGUUUCAGAAAAGCAAGAAAAUUAUAGUACGUGGUUGUGGUAUUCGUCCCCUGUGAUAUUGAAGCUACCACACAACCACCACCUUCAACCUCCAGGCUCCAGUCAUCAAAAAAAGACUUCAAUGACUUCCACUCACCGGUGGGAGUAUGAUGUCUUCUUAAGCUUCAGAGGCGAAGAUACUCGCUAUGGUUUUACAGGCCAUUUAUAUAAAGCUUUGUGUGACAAAGACAUUUACACCUUCAUGGACGAUAAACUUCGGAGGGGAGAAAAAAUUUCUGAGGAACUUCUCAAAACCAUCAAAAGAUCAAUGAUAUCGGUUAUUGUGUUCUCUAAAAAUUAUGCAUCUUCCAAAUGGUGUUUGGACGAACUAGUUUGGAUUCUUGAGUGUAGAAAAAAUUUUGGUCAAUUGGUUUUACCAGUUUUUUAUGGAAUAGAUCCAUCAGAAGUACGUAAACAAGAAGGAAAGUUUGGGGUAGAAUUGGCUAAACAUGAAAAAAAUUUCAUGGAUAACAUUGGCAAAGUGCAGAUUUGGAGGGCAGCUCUAAAAGAAGUUGGCAGUUUUUCUGGAUUCCAUUACAAUAAUGAUUGUCUUGAAUCUAAAUUUAUCCAAGGACUUAUCGAACGGAUAUCAAAUACAACAUUAAACCGCACACGAUUAUUCGUUGCUAAAUACCCAAUUGGCGUAGAUUCUCGUGCAACAAAAAUAGAAAAGCUUUUAAAUAUUGAGUUGAAUGAUAUUCGAGUGGUGGCGAUCCAUGGCCUUGGUGGAAUAGGUAAGACUACAAUCGCAAAAGCUGUAUAUAACAAAAUUGUUGAUGGCUUUGAAGGAAGCUCGUUUCUAGAGAAUGUUAAAGAAAGGUUUAGGACAAAUGAUGGCAUAAAACAACUACAGGAGAUACUUCUUUCUAAGCUCUUAGGGGAUGGAAAUUUAAAGGUGGACAACAUAUCUAGAGGAAUCACUUUGAUAAUGGAAAGUCUUCGCCAUAAAAGAGUUCUUUUAGUUCUUGAUGAUGUGGAUGAACAGAAGCAAAUAGAAAAUUUGCUUGGAAAAUGUGAUUGGUUAGCUCCGGGAAGUAGAAUCCUUAUAACCACAAGAGAUAAGCAUGUGUUAACCACUCUUGAACAAGAUACUCUAACCUAUAAGGUUGAUGAAAUGGACCAACAUGAAGCUUGUGAACUUUUUAGUUUGUAUGCCUUCCAAACAAAUGAACCUGAGGAAGCUUACUUGCAACUUUCAAACCAGUUUAUCAAUUAUGCCAAUGGCCUUCCACUAGCUUUAGAAAUAAUAGGUUCUGAUUUGCGUAGAAGAAGUUUACGUGAAUGGGAAAGUGCAUUAAAGAAGUAUAAAAAGAUUCCCAACAAGAAAAUUAUAGAAAUACUCAAAAUAAGUUAUGAAGGAUUGGACCAAAGUGAAAAGGAUAUUUUCCUCGAUAUUGCAUUUUUCUUCAACAGGAAACAGAAAGAUUAUGUUGUAAAUAUAUUAGAGGCAUGUGAUUUAUUUCCAAAUUCUGGUAUUCCAAAACUUAUUGACAAGUGUUUGAUAACAAUUGAUUGGUGUGGCAUUUUAUCAAUGCAUAACUUGCUACAACAGAUGGGAGAGGAAAUUGUUCAACAAGAAUCACCACAAGCGCCUGGAAAACGAACUAGGCUACAGGAUUAUGCAGAUGCUUUUACUGUACUGACAGCAAAUACGGGAACGAAUAAAAUUCGAGGCAUAAUACUGUGGCCACCUAGACCUGUAACAUUGGAAGUUCAUGCUCAAGCUUUCAGAAGGAUGAAAAAUAUCAAGUUUCUUAUAGUUAAUAACGUAUAUAUUGAUGGAUUUUUGGAAUAUCUGCCCAACAGUUUAGUAUUACUGGAUUGGCCUAAUUGGUCCUUGUCCUUGCCAUCCAAUUUUUGUCCUCAACAACUUGUCUACUUGAACAUGCCACAUAGUAACAUUAGAAUACAUAAGUUAUUCAAGCAGGUUUUGCCUUUUGAAAAUUUGAAAGGAAUCAAUCUCAGUGGCUGUGAAUCCAUCCAGAAAUUACCUGACUUGUGGGCUCCAAAUUUAGAGAUAUUAGACCUUUCUUAUUGUACAAAUUUAGUUGAGAUUCAUGAGCCUGCUAGAUUUCUUGAUAAGCUUAAAAUUUGGUACCUUUCUAAUUGCAAAAAACUUCGAGCUCUUCCUAGAAGACUUAAGUUCAAAUCUCUUGAAGUUUUUUGUCUUGGUUCUUGUGAGUCCAUUGAAGAAUUACCUGAGUUGUGUGCCCCAAAUUUAAAGAUAUUAAAUCUUCAUUCUUGUAAAAAUUUAGUUAAAGUUCAUGAGUCUAUUGGAUAUCUUGAUAAACUUAAAGAUUGGUAUCUCAGUGAUUGUGGAAAACUUCAAAUUCUUCCAAGAAGACUUCCGUGGAAAUCUCUUAAAAAUUUUCUUCUUAAUGGCUGCACAAGCCUUGAGAACUUCAUUGAUAUUGAUUCAGAAAUGAAAUGCUUAUCGGUUCUAUAUAUAGAAGGGAGUGGUACUACAGAAUCGCUUUCCUCAAGAUGCACAAGCCUUGAGAGGAAGUUUCUAGAUAGCAUCUAUAAAUUCCAAAAUAUCAUAGUUUUACAUAUUUCUACUAACCUACCAAGACCAAGCUGCAAUUCUUUUGAUGGCUGUGUCGGAUAUUCGUUUCUACAGUUACAAACGCUUGAACUCUUUGGUGAAAAUGUAACUGAAUUAGAUUUUCUGGAGUUCGAUUACUUUCCCGCAUUGACAAUGCUAUAUCUACGAAACACCAGUACUAUUACCAUCCCCGAAAGCUUUAUCAAAUUUACUACAUUAAGAGAUCUUUAUAUAUUCGAUUGCAAGCACUUUGAGGAAAUUCAAGGAUUUCCACAAUCUUUAGAUCAUUUGAAGGCUAGAAAUUGCCCAUCAUGGAAUCGAAAAUCAUCAAACAAAAUAUUGAGUCAGGUUAUUGCUAAAAAUAUUGCUAAAUGGAAGCAAGAGGGAGAAAGUCAAGGCGUUUUAGCAGAUAGAGUACAUGAAGGAGAGAGAAAUCAACUGCACUCUGACGAAUCUUCGGAUUCGCUUUACGACCGGAUUGGUUUCUUUCAAGCACCAGGGUUUGAGAUUCCAGAUGAGUUCAACCACCGAAAUGAUGGAAAUUCCAUUUCAUUCUUGGGUGGUCGUAAUUCCAGAUGCAUUCCUAUUGCUGUUGGUGUUACCUUUGUACCGACAAAUGAAUCUUUUAUUUUUGAGGUUCGAUUUGUCGUUAAUGGUUGUUCAAAAUAUCAACGUAGUGGGAUUUUCGAAGAAGGAGAUGAAUCUUGUCGUAUGUGGUUUAUUUCUAAAUCUAUGUACGAAUGGGAGAAGAAGUUGAGGGACUCAAAUCUAUCUAAACAGAGUCAUUUUGAGGUUAUCUGUAGAAUCAAGAGGUGGAGAGGUUUUGGUUACAUAAAGCCAAUGAAUCCUACGGCUAUCCCAAAAAAGCUGGGGGUCCAUGUAGAAUGCAUCUGUUGUCCUCAUAAAUCUUCCAUCCCUGAUUCCCUGUCUUUACUACCUCUGUUCCCCACGUCUUGCAAUGAAGAAGAUUCAAGGCGUGCAAUUGCAAUGGAAACAACAAAUACUAAUGUGUUUGAAUAUGAUUCGACAAGAUUUCAUGGUUAUUUGAAUGUGUCAUUUUCGUUCCCUAUUGACCCCGAGGUCCACCCUUUAAUACCACUUCCUUAUUCCUCAAAUAUGGAUCAUGAGGCUUUCGAAACUGUAAGUGAUUUGGGGCAUUUGAAGGACUUUUGCAAUGAUGGGUAUGAUUUGAGCUUGUCACUAAAUGACUCAGAUGCAAGUGAACGAGAGCCUCCUCGGGUACCUGAUACAUCUAAUGGGUCUAAUUUUGGAUUGGGCCAGAUAGAUUUGGCUGGCUCGACUGAUAGUGGUGGGUUUGAUUUGGGUUCGUCUUCAGUGACCCAUGAAUUUAUGAAUGAUGACUUUGAUUUGUAUCUGUCUCCACCCUCGAAGAAAAAGAGGACAUCUUGAUGAAGCUUUGAAGAAUUAUGCCUCUCUUCCUUCCCCCUGAUUCCCAUCUCCUCCAACUCCAAGUUAGUUCCCUUCACUUGGAGAAAACAGGGAGUUUGUUACAAAUAGUUGGUCUAGACCAGCAUUGGUGAAAUGGCAUUGAGUUGAUAUAUUAGCUACAUAACAGACACAGUUUAUAACAACUUUGGGAACAAAAAGCAUCUUCAAAACGAAGCCAUUUUGAUGAAGGGAAGAUAGAUCAGCCAUCAUCGUCCUCUCCUGCCAGUUUGGGUUCCUUUCUUUGUUGACAGUUUGGACCAAUCUUCUGCUAUUGCUUAGGAUCAGUACUUGAUGAAAGCCAGCAUUCCUAGCUUUUAUAGAUGCCUCCACCAGAGCUUCUUGAGAUGCCCCAUAAGCUGAGUCUACUACACUACUAGCUACACCACAAAACAUAAGUCUCCCCCUGCAUAUUCUUGGCCUCAUAAGCAUACGCACUCCUCCUUGCUCUCUUCCUCCUGACUCCAGCAAUUUUGAUCAUUAGGUGCCAAGGCCCUGCUAGUGACCGAGUGCCUGAGAUUGUCUCCUUAGCAUUCCUGUUGAUGUAUGCAUUUUUUGUAGGAGUUUCCUGGUACCUGCAAGAAAGGUUUUGAGCUUUUAGAAUUACUUCCAUGGGGUUAGGUUGUUUGCCUUCAUGAACCACAGUGUUUCUGUGGUUCCAGAUUGUCCAAAAUGUAGUGAAAAUGGCUUGAAGAUAAAUCAUUGACUCAGCCUCCAAUUUUUUGUGUCUGUCUAAUAAAUUCCCAACCCAUUGCUGCACCGAGACAUUGGCUAGAUCAGGUAUGAACAGCUAACAGAGAUCCAUGCCAGCAAGCUCUAGCAAAAGGUCAAGACAAAAAUAGAGUCAAUGACCGCACCAACUUGGACAUCAAACAGUCUUCCAUGACCAUUAGUUAUUGAAUCACUCUGCGUCAGCCCUCAUCAAGCAAUAAAUCCCAAUGGAAGAAAGCAAUAACAGAUUUUCAUGUUGUUUGAACCCAUAACCUGCAUUAACAUCGAAUACAUCUGAGUCUACCAGCCUUUGCUGUUUCAAGAUGCUAUUGUAAAUGGGAAUGGUCAGGAGGAAGAGAAAUAAGAAGAAUGGUGCGGGUGGUGGUACAAUCAUGGUCCCCUGGUCCUAUGCUAAUGGAGAGGCAACCUUACUGGGUCAUCUACCCCAUGAGCUGGUGAUGACUACAAAGGAGUACACGCGAGAGGUCAUGGUUAUAGAUCCUAAAUGGCUUGUGGAAAUGGCGCCUAGAUUUUUCAAGGUGGCAGAUUCUACAAAGCUGAGCUAGUGAAAACGACUAGAAAGGAUUGAGCCACUUUAUGACAGACAUCACGAGCCAAAUUCUUGGCGUUUGAGUACACGCUGUGCUUGAGAUGUCUCGAUGUUAUUCAUUUUGAUUAUGGGUAUUGCUGUAAAUCGGAAUGGUGCUGUUUGCCUGGUUUUCCCUUGUUAUUUGAUGUGGUUCAUUCAGCAGGAGAGAAAUAACCGGCACUUAGGAUUCAGAAAAAACUAUUUCAGAUCUUAAACUAUUCUUUUUAAGACUCUUUGGGACUAGGUUGUAGCGUUAGGUUUUCGUUCUUUUGUUUCAGUUCAUGGUUUAAUGGACUUUUGUACUUUAUGUGCUUGAUUUUAUUGUAAAAGAGAGUUGCUAGUUCUAUUCAGAUUAUUGUUACACUACAAGAAUUUUAUUGUAUUAUUAUUGUUACACUACAUGAACUUCAUUAUAAAAGGGAGCUGCCCGUUCUAUGCACUGUUUUCAGUCA